UAAAACGGUACAUGUGUACUCCGCCAAUAACGUUCUCAACAAUUGUGCGUUGGUUAUGCAAUGUAUCAGGCUGUUAAUCAUUAAUUGCAGAGCCGGCUUUUUGGAACAACCGUAAUGUGUGAUACAAUUCCUUGGGUGUUGGUAGUGAGCGUCGCAAUUUGUGUUUUCGGAGGAACGUAUCAAUAUGGAUAUAAUAUUUCCGUUGUGAACGCUCCAGCAAAGAUAAUACAAAGUUACUUUUUCGACGGAGUUGAACCAGAUGAAACCGAUCAAUUUCUAUCCUAUAAUGGAACAAACUUACUUAAUUCAACCACUGGAGCUGCGUUGUCAACUUCAAAUUACACUUAUAUGAAGUACACGACGGCAUCGUCCAAUGUAGUUGAAUCCUAUGAUAUUAUUCUGUCACCUUCAGAACUAUUGAUAUGGUCCUUCACAGUAUCGAUUUUCACUAUAGGUGGUAUGAUCGGUUCUCUACUUGUUGGAUUUCUCGUACAACGAUAUGGAAGAAAAAAGUCCCAAUUACUCAUGAACUCACUCUCUAUCAGCGCUGCAAUAAUGGAAGGAUGCAGUAAGGCUGCAAACAGUAUAGUUUUACUGAUUAUACCACGAUUUUUCCUUGGUGUUUAUGCAGGUUUAGCUACAGGAAUCGUCCCAAUGUAUAUUGGAGAAAUUUCACCAAAAAAAUAUCGGGGAGCAAUAGGAGUUCUCAACCAACUCCUUAUUACUGUUGGGCUGUUGAUGGGACAAAUAUUUGGACUGACGGAAUUACUUGGAACCGAGGAACUUUGGCCUCUUCUUCUUGCGUUGACUUGUGUGCCGUCCAUAUUAGAACUAUGUGUUUUACCGUUCUGCCCAGAGAGUCCUAGAUGUUUAUUGAUAGACCGGAAUCAGGAGGACAAAGCAAGGGAAGCCCUUAUUCGAUUGCGUAAAACACAAGACGUUGACGAUGAAAUUGAAGAGAUGAAAAAAGAAGCAGCAGCAGAAUCAAGUGCAAGUCAAAUGUCUUUGUUGGAGCUAAUACGUGAUAAAUCCGUCAGAUGGCAAGUUAUAUCAGUAUUUGCAGUGCAUAUUGGUCAACCGACAAGCGGAAUUAAUGCAAUAUUCUUCUAUCUUAACUUAAUAUUUGAGACUGCUGGAGUGGAAGAAGGAAUGAGAAAUUACUUUUCAAUAUGUGUUGGAACCGUGAAUGUUAUUAUGACCGUGAUUGCGGCUGGAAUCAUUGAAAAAACUGGCAGGAAAAGUCUUCUUCUUUCGGGCUACGCUAUUCUGACUGUUAGUUGCCUCUUGAUGACCAUAGCUCUAUCCUUACAAGAAACCGUUCCUGCGAUGUCUUACGCCAGCAUUGUCUGCGUAAUAAUAUUCAUAAUCGGCUUUGCAAUUGGGCCAGGACCUAUUCCUUGGAUCUUGACAGCGGAAAUGUUCCGACAAUCUGCAAGACCCGCUGCUUUUACACUUGGUUGCUGUUUGAAUUGGACUUUCAACAUCAUAGUUGCCUUAAUAUUUCCAUUUAUGCAGAAAUUCAUGGGACAGUACGUGUUUGUUGUGUUCUUGAUUUCGGGGGCUAUAUCAACCGCUUACACAUUUUUUGUUAUUCCGGAGACAAAGAACAAAAGCUUUCAGGAGAUCAGUCUUAUAUUUGCCAAGCGGAAUGGAAUCAAAGAAUUCGAUAUUGAAAAAGAUGAAAUAGAAAUGGAAGAACUGAAUAAAGCUUAAUUGACGCAUAAUCUCAAUACAAAUUUCCUAAAAGGAGAAUAAGAUAUGAUCAAAAUUUUUUAGUAGAAAAUAUUGUAGUCAAUGCUAUGAAAUUCACAAUAUACAAAUAUGCCAAAAGGAAAAUAGUGGUUUGCCUACAGUACACUAGAUCUAUGCCAUAUGGUUGGCUUCCUUUCUCCACAAUAAAAAUCC